GCUCGGCGCUGCGUCUGAUGGUUUGCCUGGGCUAGAUUCUAAUUUACAGCUGUUGGGAAUCUGUAAUCCUACAUUUUUGGUACUAGCCUGGGUUCCACAAGAAUCAGGACCUCAAAAAAAUCAAGAUAGGAUGUAGGAUUUUUCAUGACAUAAGGCAGCAAAUAUAACCUAAAACCUAGAGGGUUUUCUUUGCCAGUGGAUUGUGUAGAAUACACAGCCAGUCUCUUGUCUUCUGUUCACCAUGGCUUCUUCUGAUAUCCAGGUGAAAGAGCUGGAGAAGCGUGCCUCAGGCCAGGCUUUUGAGCUGAUUCUCAGCCCUCGUUCAAAAGAAUCCGUCCCAGAAUUCCCCCUUUCCCCUCCAAAGAAGAAGGAUCUUUCCCUGGAGGAAAUUCAGAAGAAAUUAGAAGCUGCAGAAGAAAGACGCAAGUCCCAUGAAGCUGAGGUCUUGAAACAGCUUGCUGAGAAACAAGAGCACGAGAAAGAAGUGCUUCAGAAAGCUAUCGAAGAGAACAACAAUUUCAGUAAAAUGGCAGAGGAGAAACUGACCCACAAAAUGGAAGCCAACAAAGAGAAUCGGGAGGCACAAAUGGCUGCCAAACUGGAGCGUUUGCGAGAGAAGGAUAAGCACAUUGAAGAAGUGCGGAAGAACAAAGAAUCCAAAGAUCCUGCUGAUGAGACUGAAGCUGACUAAUUUGUUCUGAGAACUGACUUUCUCCCCGUCCCCUUCCUAAAUAUCCAAAGACUGUACUGGCCAGUGUCAUUUUAUUUUUACCCUCCUGACAAAUAUUCUAGAAGCUGAUGUAGGAUUAUAGGUAGAUCCAGACUGUAUGAUGUUUUAGGGGUUUAAGAGGAGAAACUAAAAGUGUUUUACUCUUUUUCUAAAGUGUUGAAGUCUUUCUAAUGUAGCUAUUUUUUCUUGUUGCAUCUUUUCUACUUCAGUACACUUGGUGUACUGGGUCAAUGGCUAGUACUGUAUUGGCUCUGUGAAAACAUGUUUGUGAAAAGAGUAUGUAGUGGCUUCUUUCAAAUUGUUAGAUGCUGAAUAUCUGUUCACUUUUAAAUCCCAAUUCUGUCCCAAUCUUACCAGAUGCUACUGUACUUGAAUGGUUAAUAAAACUGCACAGUGCUGUUGGUGCCA